AUGCAGACGAGUUUCAGCGCUUACCCGGGGAAGCAGAACAACAACACAGGUGAGGGCCCCCAGUUCAAUGAUACCAAAUUUUAUGGGCCAGUAAACAUCCAUUAUCCACAGCCACAAGGACACCAUGGAGCCCCUGAAGGAACGGUCCAAAUGGCAUAUGAGUCCCUGGAGAAAAGAUUCGGGAACCCACUUACAGCUACGCCUCAUUGUUUGCGUCGGGCCGCUCAGGCUCUUGUUCGUCAAAAAAUGGCCUCUGACGCGAAAGAGCAUGCGCAGUUGAUCGCUACAACACUGCAAGGCGAGGUCCGCCGUUUUCUCCUACUGCCCGCCCCUGGUCCAGAUCACUUUACUCAAUUAGGGCCGGCGUUUGGGGAAUUAGAAGAGCGGCAAGGCCUACUUCUAAAUUCUCAUCAACUACACAUUAUACUUGGGAAGAGCGUUGUUCGAGUGUUGUCUAAUACACAGAAGAGGCCACCACUCCAUUCCACGCUGGUACGUGUCAGCUUCUUGGGGCUCUGUCUGUCUUUACAUUUGCUAGCAGGACGCGAGGACCCGCUACAAUCCAUCCAAAGGGUUUACGACACAGGCCGAAGAGAACUUGACAAGGGCAUCAGCCGGUGGCUAUUCAUCCAAUUCGUGUAUGAUGUUGGCCAGUAUUUGGUUGAACAACUGCAGUACCGAGACACAGCAAAGCUUCCAAGCGCCGGACUGCGCUAUUCCAACGGCCUUUCGAUCGAUGAAAUGCGACACAGCAUGCUAAGCGCUGCUCGCGUUUCCUCCCCCUCGGACGGAUGUCGCAGAAUGGCGCUACUACUACCGGGGACCAUGCCGUCGACAGAAAGUAACCCAAGUAAGGUGCCUAUCCUGCCAGAGACGCUCAAUUCUAACGUUCAGCCUGGCUACGGAUAUGAAUCCGAGAUAGGGUCUAUCCUCUCGGCUCCGCAGAGCGUCGCGGUCACUAUACCCACAGCUCCCACCACCCCUCCUGCUUCCCGUCGUGAUGAAAUCGAUAGUUAUCCUCUCUCCCCAACUCACGUAAAGUAUUCCAUGCGUGAACCGGGGAAAGUACUCGAAGAUGAAGGUGACUGGAAAGAUCGAUCCACGAAGCCUGCCGCGAGAGCCUUGCAAUUGGUCCCAGCCUUGGUCCCAGACGCCUCAGUAAUGAAGAACGAGCCCUUCAGAAUAUCGAUCGACGAGAAAGUGCGGCAGAUUCUCAUGGCAGAACUUCUCAACCCUCUGAGAAUCCCCGGUACUGUAUGUCUCACGCCGGCACAUACGAGAGAGGGCUCUUACAAGAUAUACUAUCUUCGAGAGAAUGCAGCCAGUAGCAGUAAGCAGUGCUACAGGAAGCAAGAUCCCCUCUUCCAGAUCCAAUGCAGAAACAUAAUUAGUAUUAAGAAGCUGGUCUUGGCUGAAUUUACAGGCCAGACGAAAACUCUUGAAUGCAACAUGUGCGGCAAGAACCACAACGAUUGGAUUGCCGCCCCGGAUAUGGACAUCAAGAAUAGUCUUCGGGCUUGGACAAAGCUCUUGGAGACGGAGUUUGAAAGCUCCCGAGUUCCCAGGAGUGAUUUUUCACGGGACGGACACAGAUGGAGGAAAUGGGCCAGCGAAACGGCGGAACUGCGCGUGGUGAACGAACCACGGGAUAAGGAUCCACCAUCGAACGUAGAGGAAUGUGAGAGAUCCAUGGACCUGCAGGCUCGGGGUCUGAAAUCAAGUGGUGGAGGACUGUAUGGGUUGCUAUCAAUCGCGGAGAUACAAUUUCUCUGCUGGUAUACUUUGUGGAUGUGUUUGUGUAUGUUUAUGCGAUUCCUUUCACGGUGGAUGGUGAAAAUAAGAUAA